UGCUUGUGCCUGUUCCUACAUUUACAUUUGUCAAAAUGACCUGAAAGAAAUUUCUGCCAGAACUCGAGUGAUUCUGAAGACUUGAGCCAGGCCAAAGCAAUAGAUGACAAGCCCCCUUCCUCUCUGGAGCAGUUUAUGGCCAAACUGUGCCCCCAUCACCAGAAGCAGAUUGUUGAUGCCUUGGGGUUCCUGCAGAAUGAAGUAAAGCCUGUAGCAUUCUUCACUCCUUCUCAAAGUCCACAGAAAGUGAGCCCUGAUGCCAUGGCAGAGACAGACUGUAGCCCUGUCUGCCAGUUGCAAAUAACUGUGGCCCCUGGCACUGAGCAAGGGACCAGCUCUCUGAAUCCCCCUUUUAAUGAUUCUCAGAAAUCCACUGAAAUUCCAACCACCACGGGAAGCAUUAAUGACUCCAUAGAAGUUACGAGUGCACAAAACAACACAAUCGAACAAGCCUCUCUGACUACAGCUUCAAAAGGAAACGCAGUUCCUGCUUCAUCUUGCCUGUAUCGUUCCAUCCCCCUAGACCACCUCCCUCUGGUUUCUGGAGAUCUUAAAGAAUUGAAAUGCAGCGAAACUGGAAGAGAGAACAUUGGGCACUCUGACAAGGUGAAAAGCAACCCAAGUUGUGGCACCGUUUGUGUCAAUAAAGUAGAUGUAGCAAAUAGGGUUAUAGGCUCUUGUCCCACUGCUGGCACUUUAGACGAUCUGCAGAGCAGCUCAGACACUGCUUUGUAUUCAAACUUAUAUGGAGCUUCCCAAAGUAUUGGAGUGGCAUUGGCACCAGGAAGCCUCCAUCCUUCACUAGGAAGGACUGGUCAGCUUUUUGAUCACCUUUAUCAUGCAGAAAAAAAUGGUUCAUUAGGUGAUACCAAAGAUGUGUGGCUUGGCCUGAGCCCUAGAAGGGCAACAAAGACUACCGUUUCUUUCAGAUGCUCAAGCUCCCCUGCUUCACCUAAGACAGCCCGAAAGAGUAUCGGGGGGCCCUACCUGAGGCCCCGUAGUUCUGCUCUCUGCCAGAUCGUGAAUGACCUUGAUAAUCAGUGUGACAUUGUUUACAUCAGCAAGCCCAUUACGGAAUGCAAUCUGGUGCCACAGAAACCUAUCUUCUCCCAGCGGACUGCUAGAAAGAGCACCAGAGGCCACAUGUGCAGCGAAGAGUACUGGGAGUUGAAAACUGUCCGCACACUGGCUGGGAAAUCUGCUGCCAAUGGCAAGAGUAACUGCCCCUCUUUGAUGCCAGAAUCUGUUACUUUGAUAACACCCAAACAGAUGCUAGCUAAGCCAGACAGUGUCCCACCAACAGAUGUACCCUUUGCUGGCAGCUGUGGCGAGACCCUUGCCCAGAAUGCACCCUCAAAAGAAACACUGGUCAAGGAGAUGGGUGGAGAUGUCUAUGCUGUGGGCCAUGAUGCUGCGCAAAUUGUUGAAACUAGUAAGACCGACCAACCCCAGCUCAAAGAUGGCACCUCCCAAACUUUAAAAGCUCUACUUUCAUUAGUGAAGCAACAAAGCAAGGAAACGGAGCACCAGCAGACAAAAAUGCCUUUAACUAACGAAAUAUGUGCUGAAACCGUGACCCAGACGGAUCAGUCUGAAGAAGACCCUUCCAGCGAUAGACAAAAGGAUGAGAAAGAAUUGGAGUCAGGGCAACCGGAAGAAAUCCCAGUAUCAGCAGCAGUGAUAGAAGGAAGUGAGCUGGGAUCAGAGAUGCUCUUGGAAAAUACUGUCAAAACCUGUGCCAGUGAGCUGCAACCCACAUCAAGAUCCACAUCUCCCAUGAUGACUCCUGAUGAUAAUCUACAAGUAGAGGACACAAGAAAUGAUAUAGGAACCAUAGUUGAGACCAUGGAGCUGCAGGAAUCAGAACAGCAGUGUACAUUAAUGCAGUACAAUAAUGCAGUAAGUAACAAGGGGAGUCCGAAAGAUAAAAUUGUUCUGCAGCAGAGCAGUGAAAGUUGUCUCUCCGCUUGUGGUUCACAGGAUAAAGAAAUGGAAGAAGAAUCAAGAGGCACUGUAAUGGAAAUGGACGUGAAGCAUGAAGCAGUGGAGGUAGAUGAUGGAAGGAGCACUCCUGAAAGUACAUGCAUGAAAAAGCGGCACCGGAAAGUGUUUGCCACUUCAGACAGGCUCCUGCGGAGUCGGCAACAGACAGGGAUUUCUGAUGAGGCCCCAUCCAAUAUGGGAGAAACCACAUCAGAGACCACACCCAGCCCUCUGCACGUUCCUGAGCUGCAAGUCACCCUGUUUAAAAGUCCUGGAGCCAAACGUUUCCGCAAAUCGGUGGAGUUAAAACAGACAGAUGUAGUGAGCUUCCCAGCAGACUGCUUCCACAAGACCAUACUUGAGGGCAUUGGUGAUCCAGACAACAGCCUUGAGGACUGCUCUGAAAGCAGCUCUGACGAGGAGAUAGAAGAGAAGAAUGUUUUGCGGACUAGACAAAAUUACAAAUCUGUGUUGGCCAAGGAACUUGAAAGCGACGAAGACAGAGAAGGUGGAAGCAUCUCUACCUUCGAAAAGGACCUUACCAGCAAAAGGGAAGGGCUGUGGGUAACUGUGAAGGCCAAUUCAGAGAGGAGGAGAGUGCUCCUGUCAGAGGAAGAGGGGGUAUCACCUCUGUUGAACAGUGAACUAGUGGGAGGCAAACCUGGUGACUCCAUGGGCAAUAUUCUGGAGAGAUCUAGCAAAAUGCAUCCUGAUAAAGGCAGCAACUGCUUGCUGAAUGGGAGGGGAAUAGUUAAACCCAUGACCUCCAAGGAAUUAAUGAGGCACAAGAAGCGAGUCCUUAAGUCUUACAACUUGCAGUGUCCUGAGGUAUCCAUGGUAGGUGGAAGAAAGGGAAUAAGCAAGCAGUGUCAAGCUAGGGCUGAUGUCUGUCUGCAGCCUGAUCCAUUUGGCUUGACGAAUGUUGACCUCUCUGUGAAAGACCCACCCAAGUUCUUGGAGGCUUUGACAGAAGAGGAGAACCAAGACCUCAUCACCAACCUCAAUGCCAAGUAUGAGAAGGUGCACAAAGGCUGGGUGCAGCUGGAGAAGGAAGGCCAGCCUGCACCCAAACCAAAAAACAAAGCGGACAGGCUCAAGGAGAUAUGGAAGAGCAAACGCAGGGUCAGAAGGUCCAAAGCUCUAGAUCAACAGAGGUUUUCCCCAGUGCAGAUGCUAUUCAUGAAGACCUUCAACCUUUCCAACAUUUGUCAGUGGUUCCUGGAGACAACUGAAACCAAAUCUCUUGUUAUAGUUAAAAAGAUCAACACUCGCCUGCCAUCUGAAACUCAGCUUUGUUUUCAUAACUCCUCUUCCAGUGUUGUAGGGUCAUCACGUGAUGUCUACCCCAGCAUACAAGCCGAGCGCUUGAAGAAACAUCUAAAAAAGUUUGCAAUGGCCUCCCCAGCCAAGAACAAUUUAAAGAACCAAAAGCUGUGGGCCAGAGCCUGUGAGCAUACAGGUGCUGAUGGCAGUAGCAAAGAGAGGCUAAGAAAAGAAAUAUCCACUGCCACUCGUAUUUCCACUAAACCAAGCAGUAACCAUAUAGCUCCCAAGGUGCAAGUAGUUAAGAAUCAGAAGACCCCUCAGGGGGUUAAGAGCCCAGCAAGCGCCAGGAUCCUUAGGAAGUACUCCAACAUCCGAGGGAAGCUGCAGGUGCAGCAAUACAGGCUAAAGACAAAUGAGACCUCUGGAAUGGACCACAAGAGCAUGCAUAUGUCUCCGAUGUUGGCCUCUGGUCCCAAAUCAGGGGGUUCACAGAGGGUGAGACCUCUAGAGCCUAAGGUGGAAAAGAAAAUUGGAAACAGAAUGACCAAGGUUGAUGCUCCUCCUGUGACCAGAAAGGGAGCUGCAGAGGAGUGGGGAACCAAGAGCAAAAGCAGACAAUCUGCUCUGUGUAACAAAAACAGGCACAAGAAGCAGCCGCUGAAGAACACACCAGUGGCAGCUCGAAAACCUCAAAGAAUUUCUGUGGCUGCCAACAUUUCAGAAACAAAACAGAAAGUCAAAAGGCUUAACACAAAACAACCCAAAACUUACAAAGAAGCAGAUAGGAUGCAAGCAACUCCACAGCUGAGAGGUAUGCGAUUUAACCCCAAUGAGCCCAGUGACUCAAAAGACCAGAGCAAGUCUUCCAAGACGAGAGCUAUGACCAGCACUUUUCCCCCACUUAGCAAGGUGGCUGUGGUGUCAUCCCAGGAUCAGGUGCUGACUCGCUCUCAGCGAAAGCUUGAAGUUUCUGGCAGUUUGGGGCUACAGACAAGAAAGAGGAUGAAAGACAUACAACCCGCACUGUCCAAACGUACCAGAAGGUCCAGCGUCAACUGAAAUAAACAUUUUGGAAAGCAGGUGGAGGUGGAGGUGGUGGUUGUGUGGUUAUAAUGUAGAUGGGGUUGUGUUUUGGGAGACAAAUAGAAAAAAAAAUUAGCCAUGUAAAAACUAUUGUAAAGCGAUUAUAUGUUUUUGAGUGUAAAACUUGCAUUAAAGAUGUUUAAGCUCCCUCCAUAAGCUUGAGCAAGCCUUUAUAACCAAAUAAAAAAUAAAAUGCCAGUAAACAAUGUACAAGAAGGAAUGUGUGUUUCUGGGAAAAUGUGAUAAGGAAGUAUUGGCUAUUUGGACAGUAGUAGCUACUGAAAUACACACCUCCAACAAUAUUGGGACACGUGACUAAAUUCAGAACUGGGGGAGGGGUAUUUGUUGUCUGUCUUACCCCACUUACUGAGCACAUAAUUUAGUUGUACAGUAUUUCAUAUUUGUACAUAUGAGAUGCAAAGCAUAUGAAAAAUGGAAUAUGUUUAUAAGUGCUGCAUAUUUGGUGUUUUUAGCAUCUCUUUUUAUUUAGAAUUUUUUGAAGCUCGUAUUCAGAAAGCUGAAGAAAAUGUGCUUCUGCCCUAGUUUUUUCUCUAAUGUAAAAGGUGAGCGCAUCAGUCUAGGUCAGAGUGGUUGCUAUGAGUACCAUUGCUAUGGAAGAAUUAAAGUAUAUUUUCUGAUGCUAUGAAUAUAGGCUGUUGUUAAGAGGGAGCUGUGGUUUUAACUGUAAUCUAUUGUAAUGGUGUUCUAACAAAUCACAAGACUGGUUUUAAAAUAAAGG